ACACCAACCGCACACGUUGUCGUACAAGAAACUCCCAAUGCCGAGAGACUGGGGAAUUCGUUGAAGUCGAUGAAAGUUUUGACGAAUACAAGAUGUGAGGCGACCUGUUCUGCAAUACCUGAUAUAUGCGACUCGUAUAACCUAAGACGAGUUAAUGAUGAUACAUUCAAAUACUCGUGUGAGCUAUUCGGCCCAUGCGUAGCACACAGGCCAACUAACUCUACAUCUUUUGAUGUUGAUCAUUACAUAAGAGAAGGAUGUUAUUCGAAUUAUGGCUUGAUACCAACAGUCCCUGACUCAGCACUCUCUGC